CAAAACUCAAAAAUCAAAACAGAGCGAGCGAGUUAGUUUGACUCGGGAGAAUCGACUCAGUGAGUGAUGGCGAGUGUGACUCGGAUAAUGCUGGGAGUGAACGAGUCAAGCUUGAAGGGUUACCCUCACCCUUCCAUUAGCAGCAAAGGCGCUUUCGAGUGGACCAUCAACAAGAUCGUUCGCAACAACGUCACUGCUUUCAACCUUCUCUUUGUCCAUGUUCAAGUUCCUGAUGAAGAUGGUUAUGAUGACAUGGAUAGCAUCUAUGCUACAGCUGAAGAUUUUAAGAACAUGAAGGAGAGAGAAAGAAUUAGAGGGAUUCAUCUUCUGGAAUACUUUAUCAAGAGGUGUAAUGAAAUUGGGGUGGCAUGUCAAGGAUGGAUAAGGCAUGGUGAUCCCAAAGAAGUAAUCUGUCAUGAGGUGAAACGACAACGACCAGAUUUUCUAAUUGUGGGCAGCAGAGGUCUUGGGCCUUUCCAAAAGGUUUUUGUUGGCACUGUUAGCGAAUUCUGCUGGAAGCAUGCUGAAUGCCCUGUCCUUUCUAUCAAACGCACUGCUGAUGAAACUCCACAGGACCCUGUUGAUGAUUGAUAUUUGGCUAUGCACAGGAGGUUGGGGAUAGAUUCCCUAUGUUGGUUGUUGAACUAAGAAAAAUAAAUAAAAUUUGAAUGUGAUUAAGACUAGUCGAUAUGGAGAUUGUAAGACCCUUAUUUUAUUAGUAUGAUUAUUAUUAUUUGAGAUGAAUAAUAAUUGUGAAAUUCUAGUGAAGAAUGUGUUUGUUUGAUUGA